GGCAGGCGCACCAUUCGGCGGGCUUUCGGCUCCCUGUGUACGGAGUGGUGGGCCGGUAGGCUCCGAGGUCUUACCUCCUCCGGAGACUUUGGAUCCCGGUGCAACUUGGCCAGUUUGCACUAGACCGGAACUAGGGGAGGACUAGGUUCUGUCACUAAGAGGAAGAAGACAGAAUGGUUAUUGAACAUUCAAAGACCAAGAUCAAGUGGUUGGUGACUUUCAGGGAUGUGGCUAUAGACUUCUCACAGGAGGAGUGGGACUAUCUGGACCCUGCUCAGAGAGAUUUGUACAGAGAUGUGAUGAUGGAGAACUACAGCAACCUGGUCUUACUAGGACUCUCUAUUUCUAAGCCUGAUGUGAUUUCCUUAUUGGAGCAAGGGAAAGAGCCCUGGAUGCAAAGGAACUUGGAGGGAGGAUGGUGCCCAGGCUUGGAAUUUGGAUGCAAGAUCAAGGAAUUGUGUCUUCAAAAAGAAAUCUGUGAAGUAACAUCAGCCCAGUGGAUGGUAAUAGAAAAAAGUUAUAGCCUUGUAGGCUCCAGUGUCAGAGAUGACUGGGCAUGCAAAGGCCAGUUUGAGAAACAAAAGAUAAAUCAGGGUGGACAUCUGGGGCAAGCAUUACUGACUUAUGAAAAAAUGCCAACUUGCAGCCUGAAGACAUCUCUUGUUCUUCCUCAGCAAAUUUUUCCUGGAGAGAAACUCUGUAAAUUUAAAGAAUGUGGAAAACCCUUCAUUUAUGGCUCAGGACGUAUACGACAGCAAGGAAUUCAUGUUGGUGAGAAACCCUAUAAAUGUAAGGAAUGUGGGAAGGUUUUUAGUCAUUUUUCCUAUCUUACUGAACAUCAGAGAAUUCAUACUGGUGAGAAGCACUAUGAAUGUAAGGAAUGUGGAAAAGCUUUUAUUCGUGGCUCACAUCUUAUUCAACAUCAGAGAAUUCAUGCAGAUGAGAAACCCUAUGAAUGUCAGGACUGUGGGAGGGCCUUUAGACAAUCUGCACACCUUACCCGACAUCAAAGAAUUCAUACUGGUGAUAAACCUUAUAAAUGUAAGGAAUGUGGGAAGUCUUUUAUUUGUGGCUCAGAACUCACUCGACAUCAGAGAAUUCACACUGGUGAGAAACCCUAUGGUUGUAAGGAAUGUGGUAAGGCAUUUAGACUGCGUUCACAACUUGUUCAACAUCAGCGUCUUCAUAAUGGUGAGAAAUGUUAUCAAUGUAGGGAAUGUGGAAUGGCCUUUAUUCGUAGUUCACAACUUACUGAACACCAGAGAAUUCAUCCUGGUAUGAAACAUUAUGAAUGUAGAGAAUGUGGGAAGGCCUUUAUUUGUGGUUCCCAGCUUUUUCAACAUCACCAAAUUCAUACUGGUGAAAAGUCCUAUGAAUGUGCACAAUGUGGGAGGGCCUUUAUUUGUGCCUCACAACUUACUCAACAUCAGCGAAUUCAUACUGCCAAGAAACCCUAUAAAUGCAAGGAAUGUGGAAAGGCCUUUAUUCGUGUCUCAGAACUUACCCGACAUCAUAGCAUUCAUACUGGUGAGAAACCCCAUGAAUGUAAGGAAUGUGGAAAGGUCUUUAGACAGUGUGCACACCUUAAUCAACAUCUUAGAAUUCAUAAUCUAAUAUAAUUAAUGUAGGAAACCCUUUAUCUGCCUUUCAUUUGUUGUAGCUCAUCAGAUUUCAUGCUAGAGUAAAAUACAGUUGAUGUGGCAGUUCCUUUGACCUGAUAUUCAGUUUAUUCAGAAUCAGAACAUUUAAUGCUGAAAAAAUGGGUAAUGAACGUUGAAGAGUUUGUAUUAUAACUCAAACCUUGUUGAAUUUUACAAAUUCAGACUAGAAAA